AUGAUCUAUCUAUCUUGGUUUCGAAUUUCUAUCUCAAUCUAUCUGAAUCGAAGUUCAGAUAUUUAUUAUCUAUCUAUUCAUUUUCUAUGUGAUUUGAAUGGAUCAUUGGUCAUGGGUAUUAAUCUCACCUUACUCACUUUUUUGUCUGUCAAUUUCUCUCCCCCUCAAACAUUCUUUCUUUCUUUCUUUCUUUGCAUACAUAUGUCUGCCUAUUCAUACCAUUCGGUUUCGGCAUUCAUUAAAUACAUCUAUCUAUCUAUCUAUCUAUCUAUCUAUCUAUCUAUCUAUUUGUGUUAUUUAGUUUGUUUUUAUCUAUCUAUCUAUCUAUCUAUCUAUCUAUCUAUCUAUCUAUCUAUCUGUUAUUUAGUCUGUUCCUAUCUAUCUAUCUAUCUAUCUAUCUAUUUGUGUUAUUCAGUCAGUUCCUAUCUAUCUAUCUAUCUAUCUAUCUAUCUAUCUAUCUAUCUAUCUAUCUGUGUUAUUCAGUCUUUUCCCAUCUAUCUAUCUAUCUAUCUAUCUAUCUAUCUAUCUAUCUAUCUAUUUGUGUUAUUCAGUCUGUUCCUAUCUAUCUAUCUAUCUGUCUAUCUAUAUUCAUCUAUCUAUCUAUCUAUCUAUCUGUGUCAUUUAGUCUGUUCUUAUCUAUCUAUCUAUCUAUCUAUCUAUCUAUCUAUCUAUCUAUCUAUUGUUCAGUUUGUUCCUAUCUGUCUAUGUCUUGUUCAAUAUCUUCCUAUGUAUCUAUGUCUUUCAGAUUUUGAUCCUCUCUCUAUUUUCUAUAACUGUUUUAUCUCUUUGACAUUUCAUAUCCUUAUAUAUGUUCACGUUCACAUACGAGCUAUUUGUGAAAAUCUCUACUUAUCACCCGUUCUUUUCCCAAACUAUCAUAUUGUAAUAUGA